AUGCAUUCUGACAACAAGCUACUAACUGCUGAACUUAUCGAUCCGAUAAUUUCAGCCGCGAUACCAGACAUAAUUGAAGAUCCCGAAUUGUAUUCACUUGUGAAUGAGUUUAUGAUUCAUGGUCCAUGUGGAGAUGAAAAUAUGAACUGUCCAUGCAUGGUGGACAAAAAGUGCUCUAAAAACUUUCCAAAACAAUUCUGUAAUCAUUCAUCUGUUGAUCAAAAUGGUUUUCCAUUAUAUAGGCGAAGAAACGAUGGUCAUUUUGUAGAAAAAUUAGGUGUAAUGUUGGAUAAUAAAAAUGUUGUUCCAUACAACAAAUAUCUAUUGAAAAGAUACCAGACGCAUAUUAAUAUUGAAUGGUGCAAUCAGGGAUCUUCUAUAAAGUAUUUGUUUAAAUACAUAAAUAAGGGUCCUGACAGAGCUAUAGUUGCUGUUGUACCAGCCAACAAUGAAUGUGGAAAUAAUGAUGUGGUCGAUGAAAUAGCUGAAUAUUACGAUUGUGGAUAUUUAUCAGCAUGUGAAGCAUCAUGGCGAAUUUUUAAAUACGAUGUUCAUUGCAGAUAUCCUUCUGUUGUCAUACUACCUUUUCAUCUACCUAAUCAACAACAUAUUGUAUAUGGCGAAGACGAUGAUAUUGAUGAUGUUCUUGACAAACCUUCUGUUGCGGCUUCAAAGUUCACAUCUUGGAUGGAGUGUAAUGCAAUCGACAGUGAAGCACGAAAACUUACAUAUGUUGAAUUUCCUACAAAGUUUGUUUGGAUAUUAAAUGUUCGGUUUUGGAAGCGAAGGAAAGUAGGAAAAGCCAUUGGUAGAAUUCAUUCGGUUUCACCUAAACUAGGUGAAGCAUAUUUCUUAAGGAUUCUUUUAAAUAAAGUAAAAGGUCUGACAUCAUUUGAUGAAAUUCUCACGGUAAAUGGUCAAAGACAUUCUUCUUUUAGAAAUGCUUGUUAUGCACUCGGGCUAUUAGAUGAUGACAAGGAAUACAUUGAUGCAAUUAAAGAAGCAAGUCAUUCUGGAUCUGGUUUUUAUCUACGUUUCUUAUUUGCUACAUUGUUGAUGUGUAAUAAAUUGUCACUCGGAGUAGAUGAACUUAAAUACUUAACUUUGUUCGAAAUAGAACAAAUUUUACUUCGAAACAACUCUACUCUCAAAAACUUCAAAAAUAUGCCAUACCCAGAUGUUGAAUCCGUUUCUUCUUCAAACAAUCGACUAAUCACCGAGGAGCUAGAUUACGACAUUCCCGUUUUAAAGAACGACUAUGAUCGUAUGUUUCUUGCAUUAACAAAUGAGCUACGUAACAUUUUCCUAAACAUCAUGAGUGCUAUUUAA